AUGGAAAAUAAAAAUAAUACAUUUAAAAAUUUAUUAUCAGAUAAAAUUAAAAAAAAAGAUAACUUAAAAGAAUUAAAAGUAGAAUUUAGAAAAAAUGAACAAGAAAAUAACGAAAAGAAAAAUACUUUAAUAAAGGAAAAUUAUGAAAAAAUGAAUGAAGAAAAUAUAAAAUGUAUUAAUAAUAAGGAUAAUGUAACUGAUAUUACUUUUGUGAAUGAGAUAACAAAUAGAAAUGAUCUUUAUAAUUUCAAUAAAAAUGAUAAAAAUAUAAUAAUAAAUAAUAAUUAUACAGAAAAUAAAAAUGUACAAAGAAAUAAUGAUGCUAAUAAAAAUGAAGAAACUUUAUAUAAUAUAAACGAUGAUAACGCUAAUAUUAGUAACAGUGUUAUUAAUAAAAGUGUACAUAUUAUAAAUAAUAGUAUAUAUAAUAUAAAAAAUAAUUUAACUAGUAUUAAAAAUAUUAUAAAUUUAAAUGAAGAAUCAGAAGAUGAAACAAUUUCGGAGAGUUGUAGAAGUGGUGAUAGUAGUAUAGUGAGAACUUUCGAAAAUUUAAAAGAUGAUGAAUAUUUGGAUAAUAAAAAUAAUGAAGAUUUAGAAUUAUUACUAAAGACGGUAAUAAAUACAAAAAAGGAGGAAAAACAAUUGACUACAUUGGAUAUCAUUGAUGAAUGCAUAUCUAUAGGAAAUAUUUAUAGUUUACAUAAAAAUAAACAAGAGAUUAAUAAAAUUAAUAAUUCUGCAUCAAAAAAUGAAGAUAUAACUAAUGAAAAAAAAAGUUCACUAGAAAAUAGUGAGGUUGAUGAUAAUUAUAUAGAGGACAUUGAUUUAGACAAUAUAAAUGACUUUUUAAAAAUUAAUACAGUAGAAAAUUAUAAUGAGGACAAUAUUGAGAAUACUUCAAAAAUUAUAACAGAACAAAACAUUGUUAAAAUUAAAGAUGGAAAUUUAGGUAAAGAGGCAAUACAUAAAUUUAAAGAUUUUUUUCAAAAUGAAGAAAAUAAAUUAACAUACACAAUAAAAACAUUUUUAAAAAAAAAAAAAUUUAAUGUGUUGUUUAAAGAUAAAAAAAAAAUAUGUUAUUUCAUUUUACACAUAUUUUUUUUCUUUUCUUAUGCAUUUUUUGCUAUUUUUUUUAUUUUCCUUAAAAGAAUUUUUUAUCAUAUAAUAUUUGAUCAAGAUUUGUAA